AUGAACACCAGCGACCCCAAGGAGUAUCUGGCCCGGAGGGAAAUCCCUCAGCUCUUCGAGAGCCUUUUGAAUGGACUGAUGUGUUCUAAGCCUGAAGACCCAGUAGAGUACUUGGAAAGUUGUUUACAGAAAGUAAAGGAACUAGGUGGCUGUGACAAGGUGAAAUGGGAUACAUUUGUCAGCCAGGAAAAGAAGACUUUACCUCCGCUAAAUGGAGGACAGUCACGGAGAUCCUUUCUAAGAAAUGUAAUGCCUGAAAAUUCAAACUUUCCAUAUCGGCGGUAUGAUCGGCUCCCUCCAAUCCAUCAAUUCUCCAUAGAAAGUGACACGGAUCUCUCUGAGACUGCAGAGUUAAUUGAGGAGUAUGAGGUUUUUGAUCCUACUAGACCUCGGCCAAAAAUCAUUCUUGUCAUAGGUGGUCCGGGAAGUGGAAAGGGUACGCAAAGUUUGAAAAUUGCAAAACGUUAUGGCUUCCAGUACAUUUCAGUGGGAGAAUUAUUAAGAAAGAAGAUCCACAGUACCAGCAGCAAUAGGAAAUGGAGUCUUAUUGCCAAGAUCAUUACAACUGGAGAAUUGGCCCCACAGGAAACAACAAUUACAGAGAUAAAACAAAAAUUGAUGCAAAUACCUGAUGAAGAGGGCAUUGUUAUUGAUGGAUUUCCAAGAGAUGUUGCCCAGGCUCUAUCUUUUGAGGACCAAAUCUGUACUCCCGACUUGGUGGUAUUCCUGGCUUGUGCCAAUCAGAGGCUCAAAGAAAGAUUACUGAAGCGUGCAGAACAACAGGGGCGGCCUGACGACAAUAUGAAAGCUACCCAAAGGCGACUAAUGAACUUCAAGCAGAACGCUGCUCCACUGGUUAAAUACUUCCAGGAUAAAGGGCUCAUCAUGACAUUUGAUGCUGACCGAGAUGAGGAUGAGGUGUUCUAUGACAUCAGCGUGGCAGUUGACAGCAAAUUAUUUCCAAACAAAGAGGCUGCAGCAGGUUCAGGUGACCUUGAUCCUUUGAUGAUGUUGGACACUGGAGAGAUCAUUGACACAGGUUCUGAUUAUGAAGAUCAGGGUGAUGACCAGUUAAAUGUAUUUGGAGAAGACACCAUGGGAGGCUUCAUGGAAGAUUUGAGGAAGUGUAAAAUUAUUUUCAUGAUUGGUGGCCCUGGCUCUGGCAAAGGCACACAGUGUGAAAAGCUGGUGGAAAAAUAUGGAUUUACACAUCUCUCAACUGGUGAGCUCCUGCGUAAUGAGCUGGCAUCAGAAUCUGAAAGAAGCAAAUUGAUCAGAGACAUCAUGGAACGUGGAGACCUGGUGCCCUCAGGUGUCGUUCUGGAGCUCCUGAAGGAGGCCAUGGUGUCCAGCCUCAGCAACACCAAGGGCUUCCUGAUCGACGGCUACCCACGGGAAGUGAAGCAAGGGGAGGAGUUCGGACGCAGGAUUGGAGACCCACACUUGGUGAUCUGCAUGGACUGCUCGGCAGACACCAUGACCAACCGCCUUCUCCAGAGGAGCCAGAGCAGCCCGCGCGUGGACGACACCACCAAGGCCAUCGCCAAGCGCCUCGAGACCUACUACCGAGCAUCCAUCCCCGUGAUCGCCUACUAUGAGACAAAAACACAGCUACAGAAGAUAAAUGCAGAGGGAACACCAGAAGAAGUUUUUCUUCAACUCUGCAUUGCUAUUGACUCUAUUUUCUGA